GCUUAAGUUACCAGAUGAUCGCUAUAUUGGCAACACUAGCAUCCAUCAGCUGUUCAUAAACAAAAAAGAAAUGGACGAUUCAGCACUUACGAGUCAGGCAAUUGCUGAGUUGAUGCGUGAAAUGCCCUCGCAGAACGGUCAGGCAUUUCUUGGUCCUCAAGAGCGCAAAAUAAAUCCGCUGGGAAGACCCAACAAACGAUUUUUGGACCGCACAAUAAACACAGCGCUGCGCCAUAAUAAGCGUGAAACCGAACGUGCUCAUGCAAGUUGCCAACAAAAGUUACUGGAACUGGACGAACGUCAUGACAGACGUAUGAGGAAUGAGUUUUACACGCGCAAUACAAGCAGAGAAUACAAGCGAAAAAGUCGCAGUCGAAAGAAAAGCAGCAGACGACGUAGUCGCAGUCGAAGCAACAGUAGUAGCGACAGCUACGAACGUAGGUCUCGAAGUCGCCACCGCAGUCACAGUAAGAAAAAGAAACGCAGCAAAAAGCACAAGAAGGAAAAGAGGAAAACACGCCAUCGCACCAGGAGUAGAAGCAGCACCUUCAGCGGCAAUGAAGAGCAGACAAAGCAGUCAGAGGAAAGUGAACGAAGAGGAUACUUCAUGCCACCAAGCAAUUUGGCUUUGGCUGUUGCCAUGGCCGCCUACAACCAAACCUUAUCCGCGCAACAAACACAAGGCAAAGUCGAAGUCGAGGAAGAACCAUUGCCAGUGCCCGCCUCCCCAUUGAGUGAUAUUAUUAAGGAAUUGAUGUCGGAUGAGGACGUGGAAGCGGAACGCAAAGAAGCAUUGUCCGUUACAUGUUCCAGUGAUGAAGUGGAGGAAGUACUUACCAUAAAUGUCAGCUCACAAGAUGAGAAUUUGUCGAGCAGCACAGAUAGCGACUCCAGCAGCGAGAGCAAGCGCAGUACAGGCAGCUGCAUAGCUGUUGAAGAUAGUGUAGAAGAAAUAGAGGAGCCCCAGAGUGGCAGUGAUAUAGAAAUUAUUGAAAUUGAGUCAAAGGACCAAACGGUAGCUUCAACGCAACAACCGAAUUCAAAAGCUACGUCUGCUAACGAUGUGGCAACUACUGUGGAUUUGACUGAAGAUUAGCCAAUUUAGUUAGAGCGUACUAAAACAGGGUCCUUCAGCUGUACAAAAUACAUACAUAUAUAUGUACACUUCGAAUGUUGAUAAAAAAAGCAAAGUACAAUUUUUAUUUACAGUAUCAAAAGUUAACAAUCGUUACCAAAUUAAAAAAAAAAGUUUAAUAUUACCCAAGAGAAGGCCAUCUAAAUUCCUUAUUUACAAUAAUGAUGGUCCUCUGUAGCUAAGCAAACAUAAUUUGUCAAUUUAAAAAUGGAUACAGAAACUGUGAUUUUUUUAGAUUGAUUCUAAAAAUGGUUUCGGAAAAGAGUAGUUGAAAAUACGGCGGUAUUGGCUUACAACGAUAAAAUUAAAUUCUUAUAGGCCAAAGUCGUCUCUUUAAAUAAACAAUGUUAAUAAAUAAACAUAAUGUUACCCACCUGAGAAUGAAUUAAAAUCAAGCUUC